AUGAGCGACCCAGGAGCGGUGCUUGCCUCGACGGUGACUGCUACGGCUGCGCUGGGUUUUGUACCGGUGGCCAUACAUUUUAAGUUCUUCCCCCUGAUCAAUCGUAUUGGGCCCGUUGCAACGGCCGAAGCUUUGACCAAGGCUUCUGAUGAAGAGAGGAGUGAUGAGGAGAAGAGAACAUCACCGCUCUGCUUGCGCUUGACAGAGGACACCAUGUUCGCCAUGGCUGGCCUCGGCCUCGUUGAUCUUGUAGAUGAUACCACAUACAGAGUAAACGCCGUCACCGCGCACAUGGAAGCGGUACCAUCCGCCAUUCAUGGCAUGCUGCACUUCACUACAGAGCCUCUAUGGGCCGCAGCCUUUUUGAUGCGACAGCUGCGAGACACAAACUUUGCCUAUCCGUUCGAAGAGAAUAAAACGCCCACGCAGUACGGGUAUAAGAUGAUCGGCGAGGAAAGGUUUGCGAACGAGCAUACUUAUUCCAUAAUGGCAAUGCAAGGCCGAAUGCCCAGUUUCAAUGCCUUCAUGGAGGGCAAGUUUGGCAAAUUCGGCACCAUGCCCGAGCGUGUAAAAAGUUUUGGAUACGAUCUCGACUCGGUUCUCAAUGGCAAAGACAACGAUAUCGCCAUAGUCGACAUUGGAGGGGGACGAGGCGAAAUGCUUCUGGAGGUGAAGGCAGUGUAUCCUCACCUGGGAAAGCAGAAUCUUGUCCUACAAGAGUACCAUCCCGAUGAGGUGAAUACUAAUGAACUGACGGUGGUACAUUGGGAUUUCAAGGGCGGCUCCCCUGAACCCAUCAAAGGCGCUCUUGUGUAUAGCUUAACACACAUUUACCACAAUCUGCCCGACUUGGAAGCCUUGCGAUUGAUGAAGACGGUUUCCGAAGCAAUGGCUCCCCACUCCAGAAUGUUGAUUCACGAGUUUUCGAAGAACUCGACGUAUGGGAAGAUGCAUGCGACUAUGAUUCAGUUGUAUGCCGGGAGAACUAGAAGCAGUCGGGAGUGGAAGCAGAUGGCUGCCAUGGUAGGAUUAGAGGUAACCUUUGAAGCCUACCCCGUUGCUGGAGAGGGCCUUGUCGAGAUGAGGAAGGUAUUAAACUGA